AUGGCCAGAGGCAGCACCCUCCUGCUAGCCUGCCUCCUGUUAGCUGUGACCCUGUCAGCUACUCUGGGACUUGGGGUACCAGUGAAGGAGAAGAGAGGCUGGACCCUGAACAGCGCUGGCUACCUUCUGGGCCCACAUGCCAUUGACAACCACAGAUCAUUUAGCGACAAGCAUGGCCUCACAGGCAAGCGGGAGCUACAACUGGAAGUGGAAGAAGGGAGACCAGGAAGCGUUGAUGCGCCUCUACCUGAGAGCAACAUUGUGCGUACCAUAAUGGAGUUUCUGAGUUUCUUGCACCUUAAAGAGGCUGGGGCCCUGGACAGCCUGCCUGGCCUCCCUUUGGCCACCUCCUCAGAAGAUAUAGAGCAGUCCUGAGACCACACCCACCCAGCAUGUGUCCUAUGCUGUAAUUUAAAGUCACUCUAGGCAGAAUCUUCUGCCAACUCCUCAAACAAACCCUCUGUUCUCUGCUUUGAUGCUGUGCUGUUAUAAUUAAGAUGUUUUGAUUGGAGUAAUUAUAUUGUGUGACACAAUAAAGACGAGCAAGUA